AUGUCGACAGCUCAUCGACCAACAUGGGAUCCGGCGCAGGGCAAGGACAGUCGACUCAACUCGCGCGUCUACUCGAGUCGUGAUCUCGCGGCCCAUACUCGGCUCAAGUUCCGUCAGGUCAGUCCAUCACCGCACCCUGGGACGACACACGCGGGGGGGGGGCAUCUUUCCGAAUCAUAGCCUUUGUCAACGUCCUUCGAGGAGCGAGGAGACGGCAAGCGCUUGAGGAGCCGGGCUUUGAACGUGGCUGGCUCCGGCUCCGCACUACCCUCCUCUUCCCGUUUUCCAUCUCGAUCUCGAUCUCGUGCGCGUACGCCCGGUAACCUCUCCAAGCAACACAACUCACCCAUCCGAUCCCACCCCCACAGCCCGGCCAAGGCAACCAGACCGACGUCGCCCGUCGAGACCUCAAGCUCGAACUGCUCGCGGCCGAACGCGAAUCCUCGGACCGCAAAGCCAAAGGCCACGCCGGCUACGUAGCCGACCGACCACUCUUGUUGCUCGAGGACCAGGCGCAGCAACGAAACGAAACGGACGAGGCGAACAAGCGGCGUAGGGUCUUGGCUGAUCUGGCCAAGCUGGAUCGGGAUGAUGAUGAUGACGACGACGACGACGACGAUGAUGACGAGGAGCGACCCAAGGAUAAGGGCAAGGGCAAGGCCGUCGAGGAUGACGACGAGCGCGAUGACGACGACGACGAUGAGGAGAGUGAUAGCGAUGAUGACGACGAGGACGAGACGGCCGAGUUGCUGAGGGAACUCGAAAAGAUCAAACGGGAAAGGGCCGAGGAGAAGGAGCGACUGGUCAGUUCCCAUCACUCGCGGCGCAACAGCCCUCACUCCUCUCUGCCACUUCAUUACCCGUUGUGUACUGAGUCGCCCUUCUCGUACCUUGCAUAGGAGCGUGAACGAGCAGCGAACGAGUCAACGACCCGCGAGGAAGAAAUCGCCGUCGGAAAGUAGGUUGGCCGCGACCACAUCGGACCGAGUGCUGGGUCCAGAACCCAGACCCUGACCCUUGUCUCCGCGUUCUCCCGCAGCCCCUUGUUGAACCUGCAAGCUGCACUCGGUGCCUCACCGACACCUUCGGCCAUGUCGACCUCGACGAGCGCCUCGACGUUCGGCGUCAAGCGGCGCUGGGACGACGACCUCAUCUUCAAGAACCAAGCACGGGACACGAACGAGACGCCCAAAGCAGAAUUUGUCAAUGACCUGCUUCGCACGGUCAGUUUGGCGUGCACUAUCGCGAUGGGCGUGUUCGCGAACGUGCCGUGGCUGAUUCUUUCUCCUGGCUGGGGAGCGCUCCCAAUCUCACAGAACUAUCAUCGCCGCUUCAUGAAGCGUCAUGUCGGUUAA